AUGAAUACCACAGGUGGUGAGACGAAUGAAUCGGUCGCCAAUAAUAACUUGCCAGAUAUUUUGAACCAAUCUGAUGCUGGUUCUGAUAACUACGAUGACCGUAUAGAAGAUUCAGAAUAUGAUAGUAAAGACAAUGGUGAAGGUAGCAGUGAUGAUGAGGGUAUGGAUGAAUUAGUGAUAAAAAAGGCGAAUGAAAUUAGAAAUGUGGCUGAUGAAUCUGAUAUUCAUCAAACAGAAGAUGAGAGCAGUGAUGAUGAAGGCAACGACAGUUUAAGCGAACUUAAUGGUGAUAACGGUGUCAAAUUGGAAGCGUUCAAUAUGGAUGAAGAAGAUAAUGUCACUGGAAAGGAUGCUGAAAAUGAAUUCAAGCAGGAAGACCAAUGGUUGAAUGAUUAUAAUUCCAAAGCUUCAAUUAAAAGAGCCAAGGAAGCUCACGAUAGUAGUACCUUGAAUCAGAAACGUAAGAAAACAGCGCCGUUAUAUCGACUUGAGGAAGCCUUAGAACAAGUUUUCUACUUCAUACCGGCUGACAAAACCGUUCAAGAAUCAUUGCAUAUGUAUCAGCAGCUGCGAAAACGGCUUCAAAAGCAACAAAAAGACCUACUGUCAUAUGUGGUAAACGCAAUCCAAAGUAUUCUGGUACUAGUGAACGUCUUAGAACAAAAGGGUAUAAAAGAAGUUAUGAAGCUUGAUAAAAGAGCCAUAGAGUUACUCUACAAUGAAGAGAAUAUUAUGGGAUCUAUUAUUGGAAAUGAUUCCUCAAAGAAGUGGUCAUUUAAGUGGGUAACGGAUCUUACAACUAUUCACGAACCAUUCUCAGAUCAUGAAAUGCAAAGUUGGAAAGAUAACUACUUUAAUAGCAAUGUUCUAGUUAAAAGAUUCAUGGAUAAUGAUGAACCAAAGAACUGGUAUCAUAUAGACUGUAUGCAUUUUCAGAACACUAAGUAA